AAUGAUUAAUAUACCAUAUGGAAAUGGAAUAUGGUUUGAUUUGCUCAAAAAGAGCAGACAUGACCCUUGGCUAUGGGCAGAUAAUACUCCAUAUUCCUUAAAUGAGUACAAUAAUUGGUUUACUGAGUAUCAAACAGAGGAAAUGAAUUUGGCUUCUAUUAAUUCUGCUGGAUUAAAUUCAGGAUUGCGUUAUCACAUUAUAAAUUCAGAUAAAUACUAUUGGAUUGGAAUGAAUAGGAUUAAUGAUACAGAGAAUUUCCCAAAGAUGACAAAAAUUGUGUUGCCAUUUCUGCAAGAGGAACAUGGAGUGGAUUUGAAUCGUCAAUCAGCUUUUCAUUCAUUCACCUGGAUGGAUGACAGCCCUGUCACCUUUGAAUAUUGGAGAAAACCUGACAGUAAUGAUGGAAAUUGUGCUGUCAUUACUUUUAAUCCAGAACAAAGAAGAACUGGUUUCUGGAGCAAGAGUAAAUACAUAGAUGUUUGGGAAUUAUAUGGCAAUAAAUGUUUUCUCUUUCCAAGUGCCAAAUAUGAAGAUUAUCAACAAGCAGCACAAUUUUGUAGAAGAGUAAGUGGAACCUUAGCAGAAAUUAGAACAUUUGAAGAAAAUACCUUUAUUGAAAAAUAUGCCAAAAAAUAUUUCCUUUCUUUUAUUAAAGGCUUAUGGAUUGGUUUAAGAAAAACAAAUACUAGUAAUUACAUUUGGCAAAGUGGAAAUAAACCAGAAUUUGAAUAUUGGUAUGAUUUGGAUGACAAGAAGGGAAACUGUGUUUCAUUAAAUACUUCUCUAUAUGGUCACUGGACAAGUCAUAGUUGUGAUGGAAAAUACUUUCCCUUUGUAUGCCAAGUAGAUGUGAUAAAAGCAGAUUCUUCUGGUAUGACAAUUGGUGCAAAGGUGGGACUUGGUAUAGGCAUAGCCAUUGGUGUUUUCAUUCUCAUUGGAACAUUUGGUGGUGUUAGUUAUAAAAGGCAAAGUUCUAGAGAAUCACCAAAGAAAAUAUUUCACAAUAGAGCAAGUAGUUUUGGUAGUACAACUGAAAUGUCCAAGUAUUACAAUGAAGCAACUGCAUAG